AAAGAGCCUCCUUUCCUUCCCGCCUCAGCUAGUGCUACCCACGCGUCUCUGGAAGAAGAAGCGGGGCGGGCAGAGCAAGCAAACGCGUUCUGCUGCCUGCCAGGGAUCCAUCCCGGAGGCCACAGGCAUUGCCCCUGCUCGGCGUCAGGGCAGGCGGCGCUGUGCCUUUAAGGAGGAGGAGGGUGCCUGGCAGGCGGUGGGUGCGGUUGUUUUGCUCGCUCCUCGCCCUGGGCCUGAUCUGCCGCUCCUCCUGUGGCCGGGCUACCCCCCUGAGACGAGGCGUGCGCCCCACUACUGCCAUGCGCUGGCUAGGCCAGCUCUGCGCCCUCCACGCGCUUCCCCCCGAGGGGCGGCUGCUCCAGGGCGCAACCCGGAGCCUGGCUUCAAGGCAGGCGGCUAAUAUUAGCAACAGCAGCCGCCGCCGCUGCCGUCUCUUCCUCCGCCAGGCUGCAGAAGCUCGAUCCGCCGGCGUGGGGCUCCUGAGCGGCGGCCAGGUGCAGCAGCUUAGCUCGGCCACGGAGGCGGGGGAGGCUCCGCUCAGGGGGCCCCAGAGGCGGGCCAGGCUUUGGCAAGCGGGGCGCAGCCUCCACUGCCUAUUGCGGGGGUCGCCGCUGCAGCGUCCCGUCGGCGGCUUCUGCCUCUCCACCGCCGCGGCUUCGCUCCGUCUAGCUGAUCCCCGCUGCAAGGAGGGCGAGCUGCUGCUGCUGUUGCUGCUUUCUCCUGGGGUGGAGGCGGCCGACUCCCGCCCGCAGCUGCCCAAGAUAGCCCUGCAAGCCGCUGCGAGCGAUUUCCCCGCCGGUGGAGGCGUAGUCGGCGGCAACAGAGGCAGUAGCAGCCUCGUCGGAUCUCAGAAGGAUGCUGGUGGGUUCUCAGAAAAUGAACCUCAAGAUCCUGGGAAGAAACCAAACAAAUCCCAGCAACUAAAGAAAGUGUUUAAGGAAUAUGGAGCCGUGGGAGUUUCCUUCCAUGUUGGCAUUUCAUUGAUGUCUCUGGGAAUGUUCUAUCUGGCUGUAUCAAGUGGAGUAGACAUGACUGCCCUUCUCUUCAAACUGGGAUUUGAUGAAGCUUUUGUACAAUCCAAGUUGGCCACCGGCACCAGCACUUUUGUAUUGGCCUAUGCUGUCCACAAACUGUUUGCUCCUGUCCGCAUCAGCAUCACCUUAGUCUCUGUGCCACUGCUUGUCAGAUACUUCCGGAAGAUAGGCUUCUUCAAACCGCCGGCUCCAAACCCAUGAUUAAUUCCUUGGGAAAAAGAAGAGUGAUGCCUUGCUUAUUAAUAGAAGACCUAGAGAACUGCUGCACCCUGGUGGUGCCCCUGUGUGGACUGCAGGAAUACCACUAUUGCAUGGCCCCUGUUCUCAAGGGUGGUGUCUUUGAGAUAAACAUUUGCUUUUAAAAUUCUGAAAUCUUUCUUCCUUAAAUCCAGUGACAGCUAACAGAGGCAGAUGAAUGCCUGCUCCUGGAGUGCUCUGUCAGAAAAUCACGUUAGGCACCUUAACAUUAAAUAUGCAAGUAUAUACAUAUGGGAUUGUAUUUAUUACAACAUGUUAGGAAUAACUACUGACUGUUUAAAGAACUCUGGUAAGCCACAUUUGCUGUACAAGAGAACCUCAUUAAUUGUGGCUCUAGCACCUGCGGUUUCGCAUAUCUGCAUUCGAGGAAUGGACACCCAGCCUUGAUAUAUGUAUGUGUGUGUUGUGGUGGGGGGUAGAUCUGCCUGGAGUUGGGUGGAAAUUGCCUUAGACGUCAUUUCCAGCUGCCAUCUUGAGUUUGGAAGAGAUCUGGAGCCAUUUUAUGAUUCAUUUCCCAAAAAAAUGAUGAUUUUUGGCCAAUUUUUUAAACCUGGGGGAGAUUGUUGGAUUGCUGGGGACCCAUGGAGCAUGGUAGGCCACUCCCCUCUCCCAUGUUUCUAGGGCCAUUUAACCGCUCUUGACAUUUUCCCAACCGCCAGGAAUCUAAUCCCAGGGUUUCUAUUGCCUUAAUUACUUAGUACUUGUGGUUUCUAUAUCUGUGGUAGUAGUGUAGUCAUGGAACCCCCGCAAAUCUUGAGGUUCUCCUGUAUAUCAGUCCUCCUGUAGAUGUUGGCCUACAACUCCCAUCAUCCCUGACUCUUGGCCACUGUGGCUGGGGAUGCCGAGAGCUGUAAUCCAAAAACAGUGGGACGGCUGAAGUUUAGCAGCCCUGCUAUAUGUGAUUUAGCUGGAGCAGAUAAAUGGAAGUCUGGAUCAGUACCUAUAUCCCAACCUUGUUAAUGUAACCUGCUUACUGUGUCUUGUAAAGUAGUGGUUUUAAUAUUUCAAUUCAAACAAAUCUGUUGUCAUGCACAUAAAAGCUGUUGCAAGCAGGAAAGUGGGAUGUAUCCAGCAACGGGUAGCAUAUUUCCUAUUCCAUUAUGGCUUCCCAACCAGGAACCACCAUGCAAGCUAAACUAAGAGGUUUUAUUUUGUUUUGCAACAGCAUGAUGGGCCACAACUGCCUGUUGUUCUUCUGGAUUUGAGGAGACUUGAAAUUUAGGGGCACAGCCUUGAUGUGAGGAAAGCUUUGUAUGCAGGAUCUCAUUCAUUUCAUUGGGGUGUAAAUAUCUCUAGAUUCCUAUUGUUGGGACUCUGGUAAAGUCUGUUUGAAAUCA